AGAAGAGAACACCCGAGACCAUGAACCCCUUUGGUCAUCACGGCGGCCACCAACACCACCACCACGGCCAAGAGGAGGAGGACGAGCGGCAUCGCUACCCUCCGCCGGGCUACCAGCCACCGCUUCCCACGCCGCCGUACUAUGGAGGCCCAGCCUACCCGCCGGCCGUCCAGCACGUGUCCCACGAGGGCGGGCCCGGAUACGGUCCGCCGGCCGUCCAGCACGUGUCGCACGAGGGCGGGCCCGGCUACGGCCCGCCGCCGCCCGUCUACCCUCCCCCGCCUGGCUACCACGGCGAGGGGAGCUACGGCGGCAGCCAUCACCACCACGGCCCCUCUCCUCCGCCCACCUACCCUCCCGCUCCCGGUCCCGGGGACCAUCAUGACGGUGGCUACGGCCAUCAGCACCAUCAGCACCACCACUUCCUUCCGCACUUCCCCGGGGUCCACCACGUGAGCCACGAGAGAUGGGAAGGAGAGGCAGCGGCGCCGCCUCCGCCGGGGCAUGGGCAGCCGACCGUCAGGAUCUACACCAAGGCAGAGAAUAACUUCUCUCUGUCCAUUCGUGAUGGGAAGGUGAUCCUCGCGCGCAACGAUCCCACAGACCCGUACCAGCACUGGAUCAGGGACAUGAGGUACAGCACCAAGGUGAAGGAUGAGGAGGGUUUCCCAAGCUUUGCUCUGAUUAACAAGGUUACUGGUGAAGCUCUGAAGCACUCUUUUGGUGCAACUCAUCCUGUUAGGUUGAUCCGCUAUAAUCCAGACUAUCUAGAUGAGUCUGUCCUGUGGUCUGAGAGCAAGGACUUGGGUGAUGGCUUCCGAUGCAUAAGGAUGGUAAAUAACAUCCGCUUGAACUUUGAUGCCUUCCAUGGGGACAAGAACCAUGGAGGGGUGAGAGAUGGAACGAUUCUUGUGCUUUGGGAGUGGCUGAAGGGAGAUAAUCAGAGGUGGAAGAUUGUUCCUCACUGAAAAUUCUGAUGGAGAUUAUGUUAUAUCCUUAAUGUGGCUCAGUAUCCAUCUCUACAAGCUCUCGUUGUUAGUCAUAUUAUUCAGAAUAAGCUGUACGUUUCAUGUGAGAGUGCUUUUGUUUAUCCGAGCAAGAGUGGAGGUUAUAGUUUAACAAUGGUCCUUUGUAUUUUCAUGCUAUAUCUGAAUGUAAACGGUCUCCAGUUUCUUUAUGUCUAUCUUCGCUGCUAAAUAUACAUGCUAAACAGUUGUUUUAUUAAUAUCAUGUGGAAUAUAUUGAUUCCGACUCA